UCUGAGAGGUUUGAUCUCAUCGUCAUUGUCGUCAGACUCUCACUCGCAUGUACCAUUAUUAUAUAUACCUAUAGACCACGUCGUAUCAGCGUGACUUUUUCUUUUCCCAUAAGUACUUGUUUUUUUUUUUUUUGUUUUUUUGUUUUUUUUUGUUUCUUGUUCCGUUACCUCCUUCACGCAUAGAUUUACAAGCGCUUUUCUUUUCCCUCUCCUCAGAACAGAGAGCAACUCUUUCACAAGAAACUCGCUCCGAAACUUGUGCAAUCUUGCAAUUGUUGCAAAAAGCUCUGGAGCUUUACACGUAUAUAUUCUGACGACGCGCGUCGCGUGGCACCAGUGGGCACCACAGAACACAAUAGAACGAACGAGAGUGUAUGUGUGUGUGCCGUGCUCUCUCCUUAUUCUGCUCGAAGCUCGUGCUGCUGUGGCGCAGUUCUUCCGCCUUCCCUAUCUCUCUCUCGCCCAGCCCAGCAGCAGCAGCAGAAGGCUGACUCGUUUUUUAUACUCUCCGAGAGUCGCAGUCGCAUAAGUAACGUUCAUGCACGUCGAUGCAGUAAAAUAAGAGAGUGCAGGAGAGUUUGCAGAGGCACGUCACUUUGUCGUGAUGUUUUAUUAUUAUUUUCAUACGUUCUGUGUCGUUUCGUCGACGCAAUAAGUACGCGAGUGUGUGCACUCCUUGGCGUGCGACGCGUGUUUUAUAACCCCCACAAAGUGUGCAAGUGCAAUAAAUAAAUCGUGUUUUCUGCUGAUUACUCCGAUCGAAGAGGAGCAGCAUCCGAUUGCGAAUCAUUAUCAUACUCGUAUACUCUCUCUCUUGGGGAUAAGGACAGGCAGAGAGGGGCUGUGGUUUCACAUUAUCACUGCCACACGGCCAAAGCGAGAGAAGAGUUUUCCUCUGGUGGCUCUCCAACCGUCCAACCUCUCUCGCGCUCACACACUAUACAAUACUCUCCCUCCCAUUGAUAUAACAUUUCAUCCGAAGAAGAGUAGAGAGAGAGAGUGUUUCUGGUGUUGUAACACAAUUAAAGUUGCAAUAGGAAAAACGGGACCACCAGCAGUCGCAGCCACAGCAAUACUUAACAACGUCUACCUACGUAGAGGCGAGCCCAAUUAAUUAUGUGGUAUACUGCCGCGGGACCGAGAUCGGCUCAACGUCAAAUCAGCUGACAUAUUGCGCCCUGCUACACCAUAGCAGUAACAAAAGCCUUUGGUGAAUACGUGGUGACAGCCGUCGGAUAAUCCGAGGAGGCGUGCAAGCGAAGGAGCCUGCUACACGGGCAGACCUAUACUGCUUCUGAAGCUCAAGUGGUAAAAGUAGCAGCAUCAGCGAUCAAGAUCGUCAAUCGUAUUUUGAAUUUACUUGGGAUCUUGAAGCCUUACCCGACCGUGCACCUCCAGCCUCAAAUAAAACGACGAAGACGACGACGACGGCGAGGACAACCUCUUAGUUUGCAAGAGGAAAAACAAAACUAAAAUAAAUUAAACAUGGAGCGCGAAUCGAAUCCGAUGCAAGCUCUUUGUAGAAGUGGCUGCGGUUUUUACGGCUCGCCGGCGACGGACGGGCUGUGCUCGCUAUGUUACAAGGAGAACCUCAAGAAGAAACAACAGCCACCGGUCUCGGCGCCCUCGGUCCCGGCGUCACAGACCUCCGCGAGCAGCACAGCCGGCGCUCUACAGAGCACCUUCGGCAGCGCGACGGCAGCCGCGGUCGCGGCAGCUGCCACGGCGACGAGCGCCGUACAGCAACAGCAGCAGCCGACACUGCCAACCUUAUCUCAGCCAACGACAGAUCUCUCCAGUCCGAAAGACAUAAGCAGGGACGAGCAGGAGAGCGAAGCUGGAAACAACAGCGGGGCCGCAGGAAGCUCGGUGAGCAGUGGCGACGUGGAGGACAGCUUCGAUGGCAAAGAGACUGACAAGGACUCCAAAAACAAGAAGAAGAAUCGUUGCGCUGUGUGUCGCAAAAAAGUGGGCUUGACAGGUUUCGAGUGUCGGUGUGGUGGACUUUUCUGCUCUGUGCAUCGGUACAGUGACAAGCACGACUGCAAGUUCGACUACAGAGGAAUGGGCGCCCAAGAGAUACGGCGCAACAAUCCAGUUGUUGUUGGUGAAAAAGUGCAAAAAAUUUGAACUAUUUAGUGUGUAGUCGUUGGGAAAAUGGUUAUAUAACUAUGUAAACAAAAUAUUAAAAAAAAAAAAAAAAAA